ACAUACGUACAUUAUGGACGCCGCCGGCCACACAAACCGCAGGCUCGGGAGUGCUCCGGAACCCGCCGCCGCAUCCGCACGACGCCACGGCUGACGACUGGGAGCCCCGUUCGCCUCCACCGCCACCUCCCCCCGCGUAGAAGUAGAGAGGGAAGCUUUGCAGCGAGAAGCCGAGAACCCUGUCGAUCUUUCCUGAAGCAAUCCGCUCCUGUCGUGAGCUGAACCCUACAGUUCGUAUCACCUCCUCUCGCAGCAGCUGCAGAAAGAGCAAGGGGGAUGGCCAAGGACGGAGGCCCCGACUGGAACGGCCUGUUCAAGUGGAGCAUCGCCCACGGAGACGGCACCAACCCGCCGCGUGCUCUCAGUGAAGAAGACAGAAAAUGGUUUAUGGAGGCUAUGCAAGCCAACACGAUAGAUGUUGUGAAGAGGAUGAAGGAGAUCACUCGGGUGAUGAGAACUCCACAAGAUGUCUUGCAGUCUCAGGGUGUGACCCCAGAGAACAUUGAAGAUAUGUUGGAUGAGCUACACGAGCAUGUUGAGUCCAUUGACAUGGCAAAUGAUUUACAUUCUAUUGGUGGGCUGGAUCCCCUGCUCGGUUACUUGAAAAAUUCAAAUGCUGGCAUCCGCGCAAAGGCAGCAGAAGUUGUUAGUACAGUCGUGCAGAAUAAUCCCAAGAGUCAGCAACUUGUCAUAGAAUCCAAUGGACUCGAGCCACUGUUGAUAAACUUCAAAUCAGAUCCAAGUACAAAUGCACGCACAAAAGCUUUAGGAGCCAUAUCUUCUAUAAUACGUCAUAACCAGCCUGGAGUUUCCGCAUUUCGCCUGGGAAAUGGCUAUGCUGGAUUGAAGGAUGCUCUUGGUUCCUAUGAUGCCAAACUUCAAUGGAAAGCUCUCAAUCUCAUACAAUACCUGUUACACAACAAGGCAGACAGGAGUUUUGCUACAGAGCUUGGUCUUCCAAAGCUGAUGAUGCAUCUUGCGGCUAGCGAUGAUCACUUGGUGCGUGAAGCUGCUCUAAGCGGCCUCCUUGAGUUGUCACAGGACCAGACAUCUGGUAAUGCGCUACCUGACCAAGACAAGCUGAAAAGAGAUCCUGAAGAGCCGAAUCGAAGGGAUCAGUGCGAUGGACUCUGACGAUCUCCAUGCCGCACACGAGAAGCGCAGCUGGUGGACACACUAAUGUAAAUGUUGUUAAUUAGGAAGCGGAUCCCAGUGUGUGCACGUAUUGUGCAGUUGACACUUGAAAUAGCGGCGAGCAUAAGUGAUGAUUGGCGUCUACUUCAUCUCUUCGCUAAUGGCAAAAAUCGUCAACCUAGGUCAGCUAGGGAAGAAGAAGAGCGGCGUCUGCCGAAGCAGCAACAGACUGUGUUGUCGGAAAACCGACAGAUAAUAAAAUGGAAGAAGCCACCGAGCAGAGUGCUCAAGAUCAGCUUUGCAAUAUGGGUAGGGGGGGUUGCUAAUGAUUUUGCAGCUUUCGGUUGUAAACUCCAAAGUGGACUUCGUACAACUUGGGAGUUGGGACGAUGUGCAUCGCUUUGUUUGAGGACUUGGUGUCCAACGAUGAGCGAUCUAUGCUAUGUGAGCUAAAAAAUACUUAUCUGUUCUAAAUUAAAAUUCGUUUUAUCUUUUUAGUAGA